UGCGAGCCUGGGUGGUACGGCAUUGACUGCAGCGUGCCAUCCCAGGCCACAGCAGCAGCUCUGGCACUCACACGUUCCCUUUCUUGCACACAUAUGCCCUCUUUCCCCCUCACCUCCCUCCCCUCUCCCCCCAAUCCUCCAGUGCGAGCCUGGGUGGUACGGCAUUGACUGCAGCCGGCCAUCCCAGACCACAGCAGCAGCUCUGGCACUCACACUCUCAUCAAUAGGCGCCGCUGGUGGCAGUAAAUCGGGGGGAAUCUCCUCUGAUCUUCAUGGGGAAGGUCAUGGUGUGCUGCAGAGAGAACAUGAGGGGCAGUCUGGGCAGGCUGGGCAGGUUGUGCAGGCUGAAAAGGCUCAGCAUGCAUCGUUGCCUCUUCCCGAGUGGUUUGGGGCGUCUGCAGCAGACGGGGAAACGUGGGAGGAGGUGGAGCUCGAGGGGUCCGAGGAGGAGCAGAGGGAGGAGGAAGUGGGAGGAGCAGGAAAACCGGGGUCUAACGCAGUGGUAUCAGCGGCAACAAUGGCGUCUGUUUCCAGUGCCUCCAUGUCUCUCCUAGCCCCUCGACGCCGUCCAUUGAUCUACAUCUACGACCUGCCAGCAGAGCUCUCCUCGCACCCUUUCCAG